GUAUGCACCUGCACGGCUUUUCCAAUUCGGCGCCUGAUCCACUUCCGUGUUAAUUGUUUAAAACCACUCAGAAAUGUUGGCGAACAGUGCAAUUAACCCUGCGAAGAACUGCAUCAGGAAUGCAUGCAUUUCUACAGAACGGUUGUGUCGUCUGGCUACAACAAACGGAGUUGGACAUUCCUCAGCAAUGGAUCUGAUUGACCAGGCCAAGAAGGCUGCAGCAUGUGCCGCAGUCAACAACCACGUGAAGGACCACUGCAGACUGGGAGUAGGAAGUGGCUCUACCAUUGUGUUUGCCGUUGAAAGACUAGCUGAAAGAGUGAAAGAAGAGAAACUGCAAGUGACAUGUGUACCUACAUCAUUCCAAGCCAAGCAGCUCAUCGUAGAGAAUGGGCUGACCCUGAGUGACCUUGAGAGAACACCAGAGCUAGAUGUAGCUAUCGAUGGUGCUGAUGAAGUGGAUAGUGGGUUGACAUGUAUUAAAGGUGGUGGAGGCUGCCUGACACAAGAAAAGAUUGUAGCUGCUAAUGCCAAUACAUUCAUUGUCAUAGCAGACUACAGGAAACAGUCAUCAGAUCUAGGUAUCAACUGGACAAAAGGCAUUCCAAUCGAAGUCAUUCCCAUGGCCUAUCGUCCAGUCAUCAAGACCAUUCAGACCAAAUUUGGUGGCUCGCCAGAACUCAGGAUGGCCAAAGCAAAAGCUGGUCCAGUAGUGACGGAUAACGGCAAUUUCAUCUUGGACUGGAAGUUUGAUAAGAACCCUGAGAAGUGGGAUACAGUCAACAGGGAACUUAUGAUGAUUCCAGGUGUGGUAGAUACAGGGUUGUUCAUCAACAUGGCAAAGAGGGCAUACUUUGGAAUGGCUGAUGGGAGCGUUCAGAUUCAGGACCCAUAAGUUCAUCAGCUGUGUUUACAUUUGAGGCUCUUAGUACAAAUCUAGUUGUUCAGGAAGAGAGACUUUCCAUUAUGAGUUUCUUUAUGAGCUGGUAUUCAAUCCAAGUCUUCCAUUAGAAGAAAUU